UUCGUACGGAGGGUUUCCCAGCGAAUCCCAUACUAAUCUUCUCCAGAACAGGGGACCCCGUUUAAUCCUAAAAAAUACCUACUUCCUUGGUCCGCUCUAUAGACCCGGACCCAUUCAUACACUAUCAUGUUCAUCUGUAGCUGAGAUAACCCAUGUGCCUAUGCACUGGAUCCGACAUCUCUUACACUUUACUAGACAGACCUUAAAAUUCAUACAUACUCUGCACCUCGGAUGCCAAAAGAAAAAAACCACCCACAUGAUAAGAGCCCGAUAGGGGUUCCGCAUCGGCGUGACUGCCAAGGCGGAGACUUUCUGCAGCGAAUCGGGAGCCACCAAAAUAAGCCACACAUGAGAGACAUUAUUGUAUCGGUGGGUCACUGCUACUAUUAUUACUUAGUACUACUAUGUCUAUGUCUUUCCGGUUCAUCUCACUCACUCCCCUGCACCUGGGACUCGCGUGCGGCCAUCGGGUUCACUAGUUCGGCUUCAUCAGGGAGGCCAAGUCCCAGCAUUCGUUCGGACUGCUGUCGGACGGGUUUGAUCUCUGAAGUCUUAGCCAGGCCGGUCAACUGUCAAGGCUGCUAGUUACUGGCGCCGCGCGAUCGUCAUCGGUGAGGGGCAACAGCGCAUCAUCCCACAUCGGCCCUCCAAGGCUCCAACCUCACCUCCAACCUAACU